UCUGCCACCUCUUGGACACCCCUGCCACCAUGUGGUUCUUGGUCCUGUGCCUGACAAUGUCCCUGCGGCUGACCGGUACUGUGCCCCAGAUUCAUCCCCAGGCCAUGGGAUACUGGGGCUGUGAGAAGAAUUUCCAACCCUGGCAGACGUUUGUGUACAAUUUCACCGAUAACAGGUGUAGGGGCAUCCUAGUGCAUGCCCCGUGGGUGCUCACAGCUGCCCACUGCAUAAACGACUAUUACCAGCUCUGGGUGGGUCGCCGCAACCUGUUUGAGAGGGAAGGCACAGCCCAAUUAUUCGACCGAGUUACAAGCUUCCCCCACCCUGGAUUCAACCUGAGUCUCCUGGAGAACCACACCCGCCUUCCGGGAGAGCACUACAGCCGUGACCUCACGCUGCUCCGCCUGGCAGAGCCCAUCCAGAAAAGAGAAACUGUGAGGAUCCUGAACCUGCCCGUCCAGGAACCCGAAUUGCAGAGCAUCUGCUAUAGUUUUGGCUGGGGCGGCAUCCAACCUGUCACAUACAUAGGCGAUGUCCAGUGCCUGGACCUCAGACUCCUGCCCAGUGAUGAAUGUGCCAAGGCCCACUCCCAGAAGGUGACAGAUCACAUGUUAUGCGCCAGACCCUGGGAGGGCAACAGCGACAAUUGUCUGGGGGACUCAGGGACCCCACUGAUCUGUGAUGGUAUGCUUCAAGGACUCACGUCCUGGGGUCACAUCCCAUGUCGCUGCCCCGCUACGCCUGCUGUCUACACCAAAGUGAUGCCCUACGUGCAGUGGAUAAAGAGACCAUAUUGGCCAACCGUGGAAUGCUCCUGCCCUCCCCCUCCCCUUACGCAAAUCAAGUACACAUGAAAUUCUGGCAUCCUCUGGCUUUUCCAGAUGUGGAGGACCCACCCAGCCUGUGUCCCGAAGUGGAAGGGUGUGGGAAACAGAACACCACAAUGACCAGAGGCGCAUAUUCAUUCAGGCUCCAAGAUGUGAGAGAACUCGAGAUCGAGAUUGUAAGGUUAAACGCAACCUGAGAGGACCUGAGUGAACCGCCCUUGGGAAAUGUGGUCUGUUCUUUAGUACGCACAUCAGGAUGUUUUGUUCAAAGGAAGCCAGCUGUAUAUAGCACCGUGCGUUCACUCCCUUCUUUGUCUUUGCUUCUGUCGUAAAGACUCUUCUCAGAACAUACGUAUCUGCUAGACUGCUCUCCUACGCAAGAUAUGUACAAUAGCUGAAUCAGAUGUACAUUGUGGACAUGCUUUGCUAAGUGUCUGUUAAUCAUUGCUGAUCUGUUUUUCCUGAAAACGUAUAUAAGAAGAUGUACAAUAAACCUUGGUGCCUCGGGCUGUUGGCUCGGGGUCCCCUGUGCCUCGCUA